ACCAGCAGCUGCAGCUGCUGCCUGUAUAUUACUCGCCGCAGGGUCCCUCUCGCCACAACCACCCAACUACCUCCCCGGUCUCGCCGCCGAGCUCGCUCGAGCUAGCUAGCUGCGCUGCGCUGCUCGCCAUGUCAUCCUCCUCCUCGUCGUCGGCCGGCGGCUCCCACGCCGGCCUCGCCCUCGCCGCCACCGCCAUGGCGCUCUCCGGCACGCUCGUCCUCUUCUCCCUCUGUCGCGCCAGGCCGCACCAGGACGAAGACGACGGUGCCGCCGCCUCCAGCGCCGCCGAAGUCGUCCCUGCGAGUCGGCUCCGUCCAUGCCUCUCCUCCUCCGAGAAGCGGAAGCGGGAGAAGGCGCGGCGCGGGAGCAAGAAGCGGGUGCGGUUCGCGGCCGACGUCGUCGACAGCAAUGCGUUGUCCUCCCCUACAGCUGCUGCAGCGGCGGCGGCGGCCGAGCCGUCGUGCCGGAACGCGGCAGCGCUUGGGACGGCGAUGCCGGCGAACCGGGAGGCGCUGUACCGCGGCAUGCUCCGCGGCCGCUCCAUGCUCAGGCUCGCCUGCUCCUACUAGCACCAGCUAAUUACGCCUCGCUGAUCGCUAAUCGCCGCCGCUAAUCACCGGGAAGUUUUGUAAUUAGCGUGCAUCCCCGUCCGCGCGAGCGAGCGAGCGAUCAGUGCAGCUGCGUCGUGUACAUGUACAUGUACAUUAUUACUCUGAUUUCUGAGUGAUCAGUGAAUUAAUUAAUCCAUUGAAUCU